ACACACACCACACACACCGGCGGGGUGGGGCGAGGGCGACGGUUCCAAGCCAGUCACUAAAAUUACGCGGCAAAAGAAUGACGUCGCAAACGAAAAACCGUGCUCCCUUCGAAAGUGUCGUGCUCUGACUUGAGUGUUGUGAUGUUAUUGUGGCUCAGCUACCUCAAGCAGCUGGAAAUGGCGUGCGCGAGUGCGGCCGAGCUGCCGCCAGGCGGCGCUGUCGGCAUCAAAACAAUCUGUGAGGACGAGGAAUGGGGAAACGAGAGCGAGGCGAUGCCUGGAGAACCUCGCACACCAAGCUCGGGCGGUGAGCCACCGGCUUCUAGUGGAGGAGCUUCACCGGCGUCCGAAGGCUCAGCAGCUACCUCACCGCCGCGCCUUCGACUGAACACUCGACUGGCGACCGAUCCCGCUCUCGCACCUCAGGCCACAACUCUGAAACACGAACCGCCAUCCCCUUCGCCGCCUGCGCCGUCACCAGCACAACAAGCGAGGGAUUUCCUUAAUCUCACAGCAGCGAAUUUCCCAGCUCUUUUUCCCGGAGCCCCAGCUGUAGCGGCACCGCCCGCUUACACAUGCAUUCCUUGUGGGAUACGGUAUUCUUCAUUAAGUACGUUACAAGCGCAUCAAGAGCAUUACUGCUCCAAACGGAGAUCGAAACCUGAUGGAACAGAUGUGCCGACAGAAACAGUAGCAGAUGACUCGAGUGGUGAUUCGAAAACACCACGACCUCCGGGGAAACAAUACGCCUGUACUUACUGUUCAUACAGCGCAGAUAAGAAAGUUAGUUUAAAUCGUCAUAUGCGUAUGCAUUCUUCUUCACCUAUAAGUAGUAGUACUCCAGUACCACCUCCGACAUCCAACGGGGAAGCGACUGAUGGACAACCAGCCCAGGACCGUUAUUGUGUUGAUUGUGAUAUUCAUUUUAGCUCCAUUAAGACUUACCGUGCUCAUAAGGCUCAUUACUGUAACACGAGACAGAUUGUCAAACAAGUUUUACCCACAGCCCGAGCGGGUUCUACCACAUCGGGAUCGGCUCCCACUUCCCCCGGUGCAACCCCACCAGCUCAAAAUCAAUAUGCGUUAGCAUUACCGACUAAUCCAAUACUAAUUGUCCCAUAUUCACUUUUGAGAAGCGCUAGCACUCUUCCUGGUGCAACAUUGCCAGAUCCCGAUACGCCAUGCUUUUGGUUGCCAAACGGAACGUUUCAACCUAUAAGUCGUGCGUUACCAAAUGUAAAUACGGAGGUAAAGGAACCCGAGGUUUUAAAAUCGGCCAAUAGACCGCGAGAACCGUCAAGAGAUGGUGCUACACCUUUAGAUCUGAGUGUUCGUCGUACACCAGAGUCGGUAACUACGGAUGAGCACGAAAAAGAGAACAGAAUGCGUUCUACGACACCAGAACAAAUAGUAUGUGCUCCAUCCUUACCUGCCUCUCCUGCAACUCCAUCACCUUCGAGGCGGUCAUCGUCACCUAGUGGAGAGAGUUCACCGAAACGACGGAGAAAGAAUUCAAGAGAUCCAACUCCAAAGCCGCCCAGCGUACCUUCACCGUCAGAAGAUAAAAUUUCAGCCGUCAUACCUCCCCCAGCAUUCCCACCUUCCUUAGCUUUGCGUCUGACUACAGAUCCAAUAACGACUGUUUCUCCACAAGUUCUAGUAAAGCAAGGAGUUUCAAAGUGCCAGGAGUGCAAUAUAGUUUUUUGCAAAUUCGAUAAUUACCGUAUACACAAACGGCACUACUGUUCCGCUGGCGGCGGAGACGAGCGGGCCAGCCCGGCACCCCCUGAACCAGGCCCUCCGGCUCAGUACCGACAGCUCAUCUGUAUGGCGUGCGGCAUACAUUUCAGUUCCUACGACAACUUAACGACUCAUCAAUCCUACUACUGCACGAAAAGAGAGACGCGUUCUCCGCGAGCUGUUCUAGAAACAUCAAGACCUUCUUCGGGGUCAGACGGUGGUUGGAAGUGUCCUUGCUGCGAUGUUGUUUCUCCAACAGCCGCCGCUGCUCAGAGACACAUGGAGGCGCAUGCGGGAGUGAAAGCUUUCCGUUGCACCAUUUGCAAAUACAGAGGAAACACUCUACGUGGUAUGAGGACACACAUCCGAGUUCACUUCCGUGAAAAGCCCUCUGAUUUGCAGGAAGAGAGCUACAUAUCCUGCGUGCUUGAAGAGGAAAGUCGCGAGAGUACCUCGCCGGCCCCCGCUGCGGGCGAGCGCGUCCAUCGCUGCAGCUCGUGCGCGUACACAUCGACUUACCGCGGGAAUGUUGUCCGACACGCACGACUCGUGCACGCCGACGAACCAGAACCCGACAGAACAUCGCCGCCGCCCGACAUCAAAAAAGAACCUGACGUAGACGAAGACACGCCCAACUUCUGCAAAUCCUGCAACAUAUCCUUUAAAUACGUUAAUACUUACAAAGCACACAAACAGUUCUAUUGCACCGCGGCCAAUCAGGACGCAGCGGCCAACAACAACGUCCCCGCUCGUGUGCACGAUGUGUCCGUUGUUAAAUCACAAUAACGACAUUGAUGAAAUCGCGUUUCUUUUUACGCUUCCAAAUCUAUAAAAUACCUUAAAUAUAUCUUAAUUCUUAGCUUUAUUUGCUUCGAAGCCUAACUUAUAAAGUGUAUAUCUACAUUUUCGGAAUUAUUAAAUUACGUGCAAUAAUUAAAAUUAAAAAUAUAUAUAUAUAUUGUAUAAUAUUACACUCGUACUGCAUAUAAGAAACCAAAACGUCGAUGGAAGAAAAUGUGCGUGAACGGUGACGAGUGACAAAUGUCGGCUGACGUUCAUAUGGCCUGUUUUGUUAAACCUUGUUAUGUAAAUUGUUUGAUAGUUAAAGUUAACCUUUUCGUAAUUGUAUUAGUAUACGUUAAAAUACCAAAUUGUAAAUAUUUGUAAAGAUAUUAUCGCUAUAUAACUAAAUUUUAUUACCAUUCGUUUUAAGUGAUUGUUCUUUCUUUGUUGUUAAUUUUGUUUACUAUUAGAAUAACUUUUAGAUGAACUUUGCAAUUCUAGAUAAUCAAUUGAAUGCUCAUUCCAUUUUACUGACCAGUUGUCUCUAUAUUGUAAACUGCUGCUAAAGUGGACAUUGUAACUUGAGAGGGAUUGUAUCUUUAUAUUUGUGAAUCUUCCGUAACACGAUACGAUUCGAUGUUGUACGUACACGAUAACUUGAAUUGUGUUUCGUAUACAGUCGGUGUCGUCUAGUACUAUCUUAAAAGGAGUAAACGCUAAGGUAAUGUUAUUGCAUAUUUAAACACUACAGAAUCCUUAUACAUAUUGUAAUAACCCCUCGGGUCAAUAAAUUAUAAUGGAAGUCUGCUUGAGGCGAGGCUUUUUGUAAGCUAGAAGCUGUAUAAUUAAUAAAAAUAUUACCCAAAUAUUUUUGGAUUAACAAUAAGUAAGAUUCGAUGUAACAGAUUGACAUAUAAAAUACUUUAUGUAAUAUAAUAAACAUGAACUGAAAGAUACAAGAGUUCACGUUAACACAAAAUACCAUGUUUUGUCAAUGCCAAAGCAUCGCUAGAUUAUUGUAAUUUGCAUUUAUAGGUAUCUCACUAAUUAUAAUCCUAGCUGUAAGUGAAUACAAGACUUAUUCCCUAGAUAUACAUAUGCAUGUGUAUUUAUUGUGUUUGUCUAUAAACUUUGGAAUAAGUCUCGAAUUGUUUAAAUUUUCGGGUAAACGGCCGCAUUGAUCUUUUAACUGUGACCUAAUGUAACGUCGUUAAGUCAUUGGCAGACUGUAUAAAACCAACCUCUCUGUUGCUCCGUUUGAAACUUCAGUUUUGAUAUAAUCAAAUACUCUUAAAGUAUUAAAAAAUUAUAAUUUCACAUCUCAUGUUGUAAAAAUAUAAUUCUAAUAUGCAAUUUGUCAACGACUUACAAUAAACAAUCAUGACAUUGUAAAAUCUUCACUAAAAUAGCAUCUGACGUGACGUGCCAUAUUCGGUGUUAAAAAUAGUUUAAGGUUAUAUUCUCGAAUAAAAAUUUAUGGCUAUAGCAAAAAAGAUAAUUGGCCGUUGGGAGUAUUUCUUGCGAAACAUCUUGGCCAAAAAAUUAGUAUCAAUAAUUCUCGACGUGUAAUCGGGUAGGUGUUGAGGCGUGAUAACCCAAGUACAUUGAUAUUGUAAAAUACGCCAGACAAUAAAUUAUUAUUUAUCACAUAUUAA